AGGCCCAAUACGGGCUCAACGGCAAUAUCGAGCUGGCACCUGAACUUAGUAGGACAUAAAUUUUCGAAUCGAUUGGAACGAAUUUCCCCUUGGAGCUCUGCGCGUUCUGCUGCGCCUAUAAUGAUUGAUUAUGGCCGAUAAUCGUGUCAACGGAUGUUUUUUACUAACUGUGUUUGGAUUGGCGCUGUUGCCUUUAAUUUGCGACGCAGAUACAUGGCACUACCCCAAACCGAAGCCGGAUGGGACCGUAGGAAAUCCGGAACACUGGGGAGGUAGUUGCGACACGGGUCGUCGCCAGUCUCCAAUCGAUCUUAAUAUGAAGGCGGCCGUCAAGGGCGCCUAUCCGCAGUUCGUAUUCGACAACUACGAUCAAGUGAUGCGAAAUGCUUCGCUAGUUAACAACGGCCAUACAAUUCAGGUGUACGCCGGAGAAGUUUCAGCUUCAGUCUACGGAGGUGGCCUUCGUAACAAGUACAUCCUAGAGCAGUUUCAUUUUCAUUGGAGUUCGGAGCAUACGAUCGCUGAUCAACGAUACGCUCUGGAGGUCCACCUGGUCCAUCGCAACUCAAAGUACGCAUCGUUGACCGAUGCUGCCGCGGAGAAAGGCGGAGUGGCUGUUCUAGCUGUAUUGUUCCACGUAGAUGAGCAACCCAACGACGCGAUCAAAACCAUCCUGGAUGUGGUAACUCCGGUCAAGGACAAAGUGAACGACUAUGUGAGACUUGCUGGAGUCUUUGCCUUAGAAAAUCUUCUUCCAAAAUCCCGUUCCAAGUACUUCCGAUAUGAAGGUUCGUUGACAACACCGCUCUGCGCCGAAUCGGUCGUGUGGACGAUCUUUCCAGAAUCCCUUCCGGUAUCACUGGCUCAACUGGAAGAGUUCAAAACCAUUCGCGACGGAGAGCAUGAAGAACUGGUUCUUAACUACCGUCCUGUACAGCCGUUGAACGCUCGCGCACUGGUCUGGGUAUCCGACACGGAGCAAAGGGCCGACGGCGGGAGCAGCUUUUUACGUGCGAAUUCCAUAUCUAUGACCGCAGGCCUACUGCUGUCAAUCGUGAUCUGCUACUUUAGGACUUAGCUUUGUAUGAUCUUAGAUUUGUAAGUUUAAAAUAGAAAGAGACUGAUACAACGAACA